AUGAAUCCAUAUAGUCUCUCCGCUAUUCACUCCAGAAACUGGCACCUCCGUUCUCCCGCUUUACUCAGAAGACAGCGACCCUACCUGAUCACCUCGCCGCAGCCGCAAAGCAAAUUCACCAUCUUAUCUGGACCCAUUCCACCCUCGGAGCAGCAAGCUGGCACUGGGAAGGCUCUGGUCCUCCUGCCAACCAGUCCGCCUCUUCCUCUUACACUCCCAAGGAACAACUCGAAGGCGCCCUGCUCUCCGCCGGUCGAUGUCACCGAUCAAGAAGAUUACGCGGGCUUCCUCGCGACCGGCGAAAGAUGGGAGGACUAUCGAUGUCGCAUGAUCUCCCAAGAAGACGGACAGGAUGUAAAGCAAUCUUGGCUGAGUGGGUACAAGGGCGGUUCGAGCGUAGAAGAGGGUUUGGCAAGUGCGGCUCGAGGACUGGCAUCGUAUCUGUAUCCCGGAAAGACGCUCUCGGCGCUGCACAAAACUCAACCCUUCCAGCGGAACUCUCAAGAGGUUGACGCGAGAAGAUGGCCGAGCGUCUUCGACAGACAGCAGAUGAUCGCACACUCCACACCAUGGAGAUGGCUGGAAGACUUUGACAUGUUGAAAGCUGGAGCCGCAGCCGACUGCUCACAUGACGAGCCGCAGGCGUACGUUGAAGCCGAUCAAGUCACGGAGGCUAUGCUCGAAACUGUGAGAUCCCUCUCUAUGAGGAAGUGCAAACGGUCUGCUACAGCUGUCGACGCAAAAUUAGCCAUCCAGCAGAUCAACAAUCUCGCACAAGCAGAUGAUGAGAAGAUCAGCGAGAGUCGCGGAGAUAGAUAG